AUGCUGUCUAGAGCCGCCAAAAGAGACAAGCUCAAGCGGCUCAGAGAGGCCCGGCGGACCGGUACCAUAGCGGCCGUCCUGGAUGAAGAAAACGAGUUCAUCUACGAUGAGGUUGACGAAGACACCUACAGACAACAUAAGAGAGAUCAGUUGAUGAACGACGACUUUAUUGUCGACGACAACGGCGAGGGCUAUGUUGACAACGGUGUGGACGAAUGGGACGACGCGACGCGGCCCAAUUACUACUCUGACGAGGAGGAAGUGGAAGAAGUGGGUACGAAGAAGAGAAAGAAGAAGCAGCAGAAGCCCGUGAAGGUGGCCAAGACGGCGCAGAUCAACAACUUCUUUGCGCCAGCAGCAGCUUCGAAGAAGGCCGAGCCUGCAAAGAACGCCGCCAUUGACGAUAUCUUGGACGACUUUGACGUGAAGCCCAAGAAGGCCAAUGUGUUUUCGCCCUUUGGCACCGCUGCACCCAAAAACAAGAAGUCCAACGCGUCUGCUUUCAGCUUCUCCACCGCUUCGCGUGACAAGAAGAAGGUCAAGAAGGAGCCCGAGCUCGAUGCCUUCGAUACUACCGUGGAUUCGGGUGAGGACUUCGAUGUGGGUGGUAAGGAAAGCACCCCUGAUACUCCGGUUGAGACCGCCGAAGAAGUCGACGUCAAGUCUUCUAACCUGGAUGCUUCCAUCAAACCUGAGCAGCCUGAUCCUGUCGACGAUGACAGCGAAGAUGAUGACAUUGUUGUGACCAGAAGACCACGCGCUUCGGCCCCUGCUAGAAACACUGGUGCAACAAUCUCCGCUGUGAAAGCUUCCAGUCUUCUUUCGUCCUCUCCAUCUAGAGCUUACUCGGCCAUCUCGCAUACCGAAAAGCUAGACGAGGACACUGUCAGUGAAGACGACUCAUUCAAGAUGUUCUGGUUGGACUACGCCGAAGCCGACAGCUCCCUUCUCCUUUUCGGUAAGGUACUCACGAAGGACAACAAGUUGGUCUCUGGUGUCGUCCAGGUCAAUGACUUGUGCAGAGAACUUUACAUCUUGCCUAGAAAGUACCGCCUUAUCGAUGGUCAGGAAACUACGCAGCCAGUCAGUGCUAUGGAUGUGCACGAGGAGAUCUCUCCUAUUCUCAUGGAAAACUACGGUCUUGAAAGUCUCAGAGCUAAGCCAGAACGCAUGAAGUACGCGUUUGAGCUUCCGGGCGUCCCCAAAGAGGCAGAGCACUUGGUUAUGCCCUCAGAAUUGGAAGGUGAGACUUUCUCCAGGAUUUUUGGUACCAACACCAACAUUUUUGAAUCUUUUGUCAUGCAGAGAAAUAUCAUGGGUCCCUGUUGGUUGGAAAUCAAGAAAGGUGAUUUCAGCGCUAUCCAAAACGCGUCUCACUGUCAAGUUGAAGCUGCCGUUUCAUCCCCCUCCUGUGUCACACCAAUUGUUAAUUCGAACAUGCCGCCUCCUAAUUUGACCAUUACGUCUAUCUCUGUUCAGACUCUCAUGAACCCCAAGUUGAACAAACAGGAAGUCGCGUGUGUCACUUUGGCUACUUAUAGAAACAUGCCUCAAGAUGCUCCUAUUGAUGAGAACAUUCAACCCGAUGAUCUUGUUACUUUGGUACGUCCAAUUGGGGCCGUUGGUUUCCCACCAGGUUUGCAGCAGCAAGCCCAAAAACAAAAGAUGAAUCUCAAGACCUUGCCUAACGAGGCAUCUAUGUUGGGAUGUUUGGCUGCACUUGUUAAAAAUGCAGACCCAGAUGUAUUUAUUGGACACAGAUUGGAGAAUAUCUCUUUGGACGUGUUGGUCCACAGAAUGCACGAUUUGAGAGUCGGAACCUGGUCCGCAAUGGGAAGAAGAAACAGAAAGUCUUGGCCUGACAAAUUUGGCAAGGGUAAUGGCUUCAACAACAAUCUUCUCAUUCGUGAAAUCUUCCAAGGUCGUCUUUUGUGUGAUAUCGCCAACGAGUUGGGUCAGUCGUUGACCACCAAGUGUCAAUCGUGGGACUUGCCUGAGAUGUACAGUGUUGUUUGUCAGAAGACCUACAAUGCCGUCGAGCUCAACUUCCAGAACCCUCGAUACGCUGAAGAUGCUGCAUUCUUGAUGAUGUCGCUCAAAGAGAACAUUACUCAAGUACUGAUCACUGCCAAGAUCGCAUUUGCUCUCCAGAUCUUGUCGCUUUCCAAGCAAUUGACCAAUUUGGCCGGUAAUGCUUGGUCUCAUACCCUUAGUGGUACAAGAGCUGGUAGAAACGAGUACAUUUUGUUGCAUGAGUUCAAGAGAAAUAACUACAUUGUGCCUGACAAGGAAGACAAGUACCACAAGAACACCAGCCAUCAGCAAGAAGCGAAGCUUGAAGCGAAUGAAGAUGAUGCAACAACAGUGACACUGAACAAGAAGCCCAAGUUCCAGGGUGGUUUAGUUUUCGAACCUGAGAAGGGUCUCCACAAGAACUACAUUUUGGUCAUGGACUUCAACUCUUUGUAUCCAAGUAUCAUCCAGGAGUUCAACAUUUGUUUCACUACUGUCGAGCGUGAUGCCUACAAUAUCACGCACGAUGAAGAGAGAGACUUGCCUAGCAUACCUGAGCGUGACUCUGAAGCCGGUGUCUUGCCGAGAUUGUUGAAUGCAUUGGUCUCGAGACGUCGUGAAGUUAAGAAGCUUUUGAAGAACCCUAAAAAUACCGUUCAUGAGCGUGCUCAAUACGAUAUUAAGCAGCAAGCAUUGAAGUUGACUGCCAACUCUAUGUAUGGUUGUUUGGGUUAUGUCAACUCCAGAUUCUAUGCUAAACCUUUGGCUAUGUUGGUUACCAACAAAGGUAGAGAGAUUUUAAUGGACACCAGACAAUUGGCUGAACUGAUUGGUUUGAGAGUUGUCUACGGUGAUACUGACUCUGUCAUGAUUGACACUGGUGUUAAUACAUUGCAAGAGGCUCUCAAGAUUGGUGAUGAGUUCAAGGUUCAGGUGAACGACAGAUACAAGCUUUUGGAGAUUGACACGGAUAACGUUUUCAAGAGGUUGUUGUUGCACGCUAAGAAAAAGUACGCUGCUAUGAAUGUGAGCUUGGACAGGAAGACCGGCAAGGAGGUUUCUGCAUUGGAAGUUAAGGGUCUCGAUAUGAGACGUCGUGAGUACUGUCCAUUGUCGAAAGAGAUUUCCACAUUUGUCUUGCAGAAGCUCUUGUCUGACAUGGACCCAGAAGAAGCUCUUACAACUGUCUACAACUAUUUGGAGGAGAUGAAGGGCAAGAUCAGCAAUAACGAAGUCAGCAUCGACAAGUAUCUGAUCAACACCCGUCUUUCGAAAGAUCCCUCGAACUAUCCUAAUGGAAAGACCAUGCCCCCUGUCCAGGUCGCCUUGCGUCUUAGAAAGCUGGGUAAGGUCAUCAAGGCAGGUAGCGUGAUCACGUACGUUGUCACCGCUCCUCAGAACGAUGAGGACAACUCUAACCCUGCUGAGAGGUCGAGGGCCAUGCAAGAGGUGUUGGCCAAUAAGUCACUGUUCAAGCCCGAUAGUGACUUCUACCUCGAGAAGCAGAUUUACGCUCCGGUCGAAAGACUUGUGAACCGUAUUGACGGUAUUGACAUGAUGCGUGUUGCAACCUCGCUUGGCAUUGACACCCGGAAGUAUGUGAUGAGGCUCAGAAACAGCGAAGAGGGAGGUAAUGAUAUCGCUCCUCUCGAGUCCAACAUCACCGACAUUGAGAGAUUCAGACAGUCCAGCUACCUCGUGCUUAACUGCAGAUGCGGUGCCAACUUCAGAUUCGGUGGUAUCCAGCCCUCCAAGGACUACCUGAUCACGUUCAAUGGUGUCUGCUGCUCGAAGUGUAACUACGUCUUCCCCACAUUGAAGUUGACCUCGCAGCUCGAGAGCACCAUCAGAAAGCACCUUGCCUUGUACUACGCCGGCUGGGUGAUCUGCGACGACUCAGCUUGCGGGAUCAAGACGAGGCAAAUUUCGGUGUAUGGUAAGAGGUGUAUUGGCAGUUCCGGUAAAGCACACGGCUGCAAGGGAGUCAUGCGGUACAACUACACCGACAAGGCGCUCUACAACCAGCUCUUGUACUUUGACGCAAUCUUUGAUGUUGUCAAGGCCAAGGAGAAGAAGUUGAGACCCAUCAUCUACGACCAGGACAUGGUGGCACCGGAGUUGAGCACGGGUCAGUUGAACGCUCUUGCGGAGCAGAACAGAGCAAUGUUUGAGCAUUGCAGAGAGGUGGUCAACAAGUACUUGGCCGACUGUGGUCGCCGGUACGUGAACAUGAGGAGCAUUUUCGAGUUCAUGGUCUAA